AUGUCCCGCGAAGCCUACCAAGUCCCCUCCCUAGGCGGACAGAACACCUUCGGCGCCGACGGUCUCUCUGGCGCUGCAGCUGACGGUCCUAUCGUUGCGUAUAUUUGUGGCGAGUGCAACGCACGAGUUUCUCUGAAGAGAGGCGAUCAGAUUCGAUGCAAGGAAUGUGGACAUCGGGUUCUGUAUAAGGAGAGGACUAAGAGAAUGGUUCAAUUCGAGGCUCGAUGA